AAUAAAAUUUAAAUUUAUAGUUAGAACUAAUUUAUAAUUAAUUUUUUAUUGAUUAUUAUGUCAUAUUUUAUCAUAUAACUAAUAAAAUAGAACUACUAUGACUUUUGUAAUUUGUAUAGUGGAUAAAAAAAGUGACUCUAAUUUAAUAUAUUAGAUUUUGCAGAAAAAAAAAAUGGAAAACAAAAAAAAAAAAAAAAAAUCGAAACCGUCGACAUCCAAAAAGACGAGAGGGUAUAGUGUAAUUACGCGAAUUAUAUAAAUAUAUAUAUAUUGAUCACUUCGCUUUCCAGCCCCUUCUCUCUCUGUCUCUCUCCGUAUUUGUCGACAGUAUCACCGCCGGCAAGAAACUCGAGUUUGAAUCGGUUUGGAGCAUCGCCGGAGAUUUCUAUCGUAAUCAAGGCGGUCGAGAGAGAGAAGAAGAGGAAGAAGAUAUAAAAAAGAAGUAGUUGAUGAGGGUGAAACGGAGUCGUUUUGGUUCUUCUGACCGGCGGUACUCACUCGUCAACUCUUUAUUGGAGUAGGUGCCUAGUACCGUCGAGAGGAGAGAAGAAGCAAGUGUUGUGAUGGGGAAGGUUGCGGUUGCGUUUGCGGCGGCUGCGGUUUUAGUGUCUUGCUCCGUGGCGGCGGUGAUGGUGGGGAGGAGGAUUAAGAGUCGGGCGAAAUGGAGGGCCGUGGUGGAGAUUUUGAAGGAGAUGGAGGAAGCUUCUGAUACUCCGGUGGGGAGGCUGAGGCAAGUGGUGGAUGCCAUGGCCGUGGAGAUGCACGCUGGCUUGGCUUCUGAAGGUGGCUCCAAGCUUAAAAUGCUUCUCACUUUCGUCCAUCAUUUGCCUAAUGGGACGGAGAAAGGAACUUAUUAUGCACUUCACCUUGGAGGCACUUACUUUAGGAUUUUGAGGGUUCAUCUGGGUGGUGAAAGGUCUUAUCUAGAUGUUCAAGACGUUGAACGACACCCCAUACCUUCACAUUUGAUGAAUAGCACCAGCGAGGUUCUUUUCAACUUUCUCGCCUUUUCCAUGGAAAGGUUUAUCGAAAAAGAAGGAAAGGAAUCUAAUUCACAAGGUGUGAAAAGGGAACUUGCGUUUACGUUUUCGUUCCCUGUCAAGCAUUCUUCUAUAUCUUCAGGAGUUCUAAUCAAAUGGACCAAAGGUUUUGAGAUUAGUGAAAUGGUUGGGAAAGAUGUAGCUGAAUGUCUACAAGGAGCGCUGAACAGAAGAGGCCUAGAUAUCCAUGUUGCAGCUCUUGUGAAUGAUACUGUCGGAGCCCUGUCACUUGGAUAUUAUCAUGAUCCAGAUACAGUUGUUGCGGUUGUAUUUGGAACAGGUAGUAAUGCAUGUUACUUGGAACGAACUGAUGCCAUAAUCAAGUCUCAGGGUCUGCUUACCACUUCUGGAAGCAUGGUAGUCAAUAUGGAGUGGGGUAAUUUUUGGUCCUCACACCUCCCAAGAACAUCGUAUGACAUUGACUUGGAUGCAGAGAGUUCAAAUCCAAAUGAUAUGGGAUUUGAGAAGAUUAUAGCAGGAUUGUAUCUGGGUGACAUUGUUCGAAGAGUAAUCCUUCGCAUGUCGCAAGUCUCCGACAUCUUUGGACCCACCUCGCCCAUGUUAUCUGAGCCUUACGUUCUAAGAACAAAUUCAGUCUCAGCCAUGCAUGAAGAUGACACACCUGAGCUGCAAGAAGUAGCUAGGAUCUUGAAAGACUUGGGGGUAUCAGAAGUACCAUUGAAGGUGAGAAAACUCGUGGUCAAGAUAUGCGACGUGGUGACACGAAGAGCAGGGAGGCUAGCAGCAGCGGGUAUUGCAGGAAUCUUGAAGAAGAUUGGCCGUGAUGGUAGCGGAGGAAUCACGAGCGGGAGAAGCAGAAGCGAAAUGCGGAUGCAGAAAAGAACAGUUGUUGCAGUAGAAGGAGGAUUGUACAUGAAUUACACCAUGUUUAGAGAAUACAUGGAAGAGGCUUUGGUGGAGAUUUUAGGAGAAGAAGUGAGCCAAUACGUGGUCGUUAAAGCCAUGGAAGAUGGUUCUAGCAUUGGCUCUGCUCUUCUCGUUGCCUCUUUACAGUCAUGAAUCAUCAUCAUCAUCGUUGUUUAUAUAAUUGGUUAUGUGCGUCUAUGUAAGUUUGUGUGUAUAUAUUUAUUCAAUAUUUGUUUGUUAAUUAUUAUUGUUAUAUAGAAGCAUAUGCACAAGUUUAUGUGUAAAUGUUUAGGAAGGUUUUUAUGUAUUCUUUGUUUCUUUAAGAAAAGGAUAAUGUAAAGGUGAUGAUGAUAAAUGGAAUUUUCAUUUCUAUUGUUUUCGCU